ACACCAUCACAUGACGUUAGGUCACGUGAUGAUCUGGCUUUGGGUAACAAAUAAAUAAACAAUACCUGUUUCCUACAUUAGAACAGACACAAAUAAUCAACCAAUAUCUUUUUCUGAAGAUUAAUAUUUUUUGCCUCUUAGCUUGAUACAGAAAAUUUUAUGAUUGAACUCCAUAAAAUAGGAAUAUACUAACGUUAUGAACGAUAAUAGGAGGAGAGAAUCACCUAUAUUUUUUGGAAAUCAUUUGAAUCAGAGUUUGGAAAGAUUAGUGAAUAGCUCAACUCAAAGCGAAAGUAGAGUUGUUUGCUGCGGUUUCUUAACACCUGUUCGAAGAACAUUUUGCCUAUUAGUAACAUUCGAUCUCAUCCUUACUUUUCUUCUAUGGGUCAUUUAUACACAAGUAGUUGGAAUAAAACCAUUUCCAAAAGAAGCUUUUCGAAUGGAAGUAGGAGAAUAUAGUUUCAAAACGUCCAUGUUUGAUAUGAUUAUGGCUUCUGGUAGUCGCUUUGUCAUUUUGUUGCUAUUCUAUUUAGCAAUUAGAAUGAAAAAUCCCUGGAUUGUGGGUUUGACUACUGCUGCCACAACUGGUUCUAAACAAAAUGUUAUAACUUAUAUACUCCUGCUGGAAUCGUUUGUCAUCGCUUGGAUUGAAGUGUGGUUUCUAGAUUUUAAUGUUCUACCAAGAGAACAAAAACUCAGAGAUAGAGAGAGUUUACCACAUAUGGCGGACGAAAGAUCAGCAUUGUUACACCGUUACCUACGUGCCACUUCUAAUUAUGAUGCAACUAGUGCAGAUUUCUAUUCAUGCAGAGAAUGGUAUAGCCCAACAGGUUCUGAUGAUGAGGCAGAAGAAGCAGACUUAGACAGGACUAUUGUUGGACAGGAGUCUCAAACUGAAGCAAAGAUGAUAAUAAAUAAAGCAAAAGAUGCCUGGGAUCGGUGCUGGGCUAUUUGUAAAGAUAGUAGUACUGCUUGGAAGACAGAAGGCAGGAAUGAGCUAGCUACAGUUCACUCUAUAAUUCUGCCCGGCCUGGGGAAAUUUUUUAAACUUGAGUGUCUUUUGGAAGCAGAUGUAAAAUUAUUAUUCGAAUUACUAGUUGUUAGACUGGAAGAGACGCCAGGAUGGAAUAGUCAAAUAAUAGAGUGUCGAACACUCCAAUCAUUAACUACCAAUUCAGACAUUACCUAUAGUAUAGCAGCACCUGGAGCUGGCGGAGUUAUUUCUAGCAGGGAUUUUGUCAGUGCCCGAUUUUGGAAAUGGAAAGAAGGUUGCAUUCUUGCAGCGGCAACAGCUGUUAAUUGUAGCAAAGCACCAGUUAAUAAAUUGUAUGUAAGAGGUGAAAAUAACUUAGUCGGGUGGCUGUUGCAGCCGGUUACAGAUGAAAGAACAAAGUUCGUGUGGCUCUUAAAUACAGACUUGAAAGGAUAUAUUCCAAAAUUUACUGUUAAUAAAGCACUGUGUGCUGUCAUGCUUGACUUUAUUAGUAUGCUAAUUGUCAAAUUGAAUAGUUUAAAGAAUUAUGAAUGA